ACAGAGCAAGUAAAAAAAAUUAUUAUAGCGAGAAAGAGAGAGUAAAGCUCUUGUAUAUAAACAAUUUCCUCCGGUUACGGAGAGAGAAAGAGAUGUGUUUCUUCUUCUUGUUGGCCUUUGGCAUUUAUUAGUGAAGAUUGGACUUGAGAGCUCUUUUUCUCUUUUCCGCUCACUUAUCCUUCAGAUUUCUACUGUGGAUUCAAGGGGAAAGAGAGACUGAGGUUAUUUGAUCUCCAAGCUUGGGAGUAGAGAGACUGGGGGAAUGUGGAUUCUCUAGUUUUGGGACUUGGGAACUAGCUCAGCUCUUAACACUAGAUCUCAAAAUCCUUUCUUUUCUGUUUCAGAGAGAGAGAGAGAGAGAGAGAGAGAGAGAGAGAGAGAGAGAGAACAGUGUACAGCUGAGUACAGAGAGAGAGCGAGAGUAUUAAGAAACAAGUGAGUGCUUGUAGAGUGUCUCUGAUCUUGUUGAUUGCUAAUAGUUUACUGAUCUAGAGAGAAGAAGAGAGGACCAGUAUCUUCUGUCUCCUGUGCCUAAUUAAAAAUCCAAUUUCUGAAAGUUGACAAAUCCUAGUUCUUGUUUUUUCUAGAAAAGAAAGUUACUCUUUUGCAACUUUCAGAGUUUUCCCAGUUCUUGGUUAUUUUUGCUGAGGAGGAGAUUUUGUGUUUUGGGAUCUAAAAUUUGCUCCAACAAUGAAGUAUAUGAAGCUUGGAUCAAAGCCCGACUCAUUUCAGACUGAUGGGAACAAUAUCAGGUAUGUAGCAACUGAGUUGGCAACCGAUGUCACUAUCAAUGUGGGAGAGGUGAAAUUUUAUCUGCACAAGUUUCCUCUUUUGUCAAAGAGUGCUCACUUGCAAAAGCUAGUGGCAGCUACUGACGAAGAAACUAAUGAUGAAAUAAACAUUCCAGACAUCCCGGGUGGCCAUGUGGCCUUUGAGAUUUGUGCAAAGUUUUGCUAUGGCAUGACAGUCACCCUCAACGCCUACAACGUGGUCCCUGCUCGCUGUGCUGCCGAAUAUCUCGAGAUGCACGAAACCAUCGAAAAAGGAAAUCUCAUCUACAAAAUCGAAGUUUUCCUCAACUCUAGUAUUCUUCGAAGUUGGAAAGACUCUAUAAUAGUACUCCAAACCACGAAAUCUCUCUUGCCUUGGUCUGAAGAUUUGAAAGUUGUUAGUCAUUGUAUUGACUCAAUAGCUUCCAAGGCCUCUAUUGAUUCUUCUGAGGUUGAUUGGUCUUAUACUUACAAUAGAAAAAAGCUUAGCUUAGAAAAUGGUAUUGAUUCACAAUGGAAUGGGGUGAGAAAGGAGCAAUUGGUCCCGAAAGAUUGGUGGGUUGAGGAUCUAUCUGAACUUGAUAUGGAUUCUUAUAAGAGGGUUAUAUUGGCUAUUAAGACUAAAGGGAGAAAUUCUCCCCAUGUGAUUGGAGAAGCUUUAAAGGCUUACGCAUAUAGAAAGCUGCCAGGUUUUAGCAAAGGCAUUAUAAACCAAGGAGAUAUCUUGAAGUUCCAAACAAUUUUAGACACAAUUGUUUGGUUAUUGCCUAUUGAGAAGGGUUCCGUCUCUUGUAGUUUUUUGCUAAAGCUAUUGAAAGCUGCGAGAUUGGUAGAUUCGGGAGAGAAGUGUAUGAAUGAUUUGGUGAAGAAAAUUGGAAGGCAGUUGUAUGAAGCUUCAGUUUCUGAUCUUUUAAUUCCAAGCUCAGAAGGGGAUGAUAUGAUUUAUGAUGUGGAUACAGUUUUGAAUGUAGUUGAGGUGUUUGUGAUGCAAGAGGGUGGAAGUGGUCAAACUAGCCCUCAAGUGUCUGAAGAGUUUCAGGAGAUUAGGAGCCCGGUUUUUGUAUCAGCUAGUUCAAAAAUGGCUGUGGCUAAUUUGGUUGAUAGUUACCUUGCUGAAGUUUCAAAGGACCCGAACUUUCCGCUUUUAAAGUUUAUUGAACUUGCUGAGAUGGUAUCGAGCUCUUCAAGGCCUGCGCAUGAUGGACUCUAUCGGGCUAUCGACAUGUAUCUGAAGGAGCACCCGCAUGUAACAAAAGUUGAGAAGAAGAAACUCUGCGCCCUAAUGGACUGCAAGAAACUAACCCCCGAUGCCUGCAUGCAUGCCAUCCAAAACGACCGCCUCCCUCUCCGCGUAGUUGUCCAAAUCCUCUUCUUCGAGCAGCUCCGUCAAUCUUCUACUAUCUCCUCCACUGCCACCACCACCACAGAAGACCCCGCCGUCUCUCCUUCCCCGAGACAACGCGGUGGCGGCUGUGGGUCUACGGCAGCUUCUAGUUCGGCCGCCAAUACCGAGGAGGAUUGGGACGGGCAGCCCACUAAUAACGGAGAUGUUGGGUCAGUGAAGAGUUUGAAUGAGCGGAGUAAGAAAACAAAGGGGUUGGUGCCAAAGAAGCUGUUGAGUAAGUUGUGGACGACGGACAAGGGGCAGAGUGUAGACAAUAGUAGCUCGGAUACAUCGGAGAGUGCUGGGGACGCGAAGUCUACGCCUUCUAGGAACACAAGACGAUCGGUUUCCUAGGUUUUUCUUUUUGUUUUAGGGUUUGUUCACUUCUUGUUUUUGGUUGAAUGGGAGUGAAAGAGUCUUCCAAGGGUGUAGGAUAAAAGGAAGAAAGGGGAAUGCAUGUUUGAUUUUUUUGGUAAGGUUUUGAAAGGGGUGAAAUGAUGUCGGUGUUUACUUGGUGGUGAUAUGAUCAGGGUAUCUACACUACAGCAAAAGCAUAUAAUGUUGCAUGCCUAUUGUAUCACGUUUCGAUCACGAUAGCUUUGAUCCCUUGCGUGUAAAAUAAGCUCAUUUUGGUAAA